AUGGGCCAUCAAGAGGUUCUUGCUUUGAGGGGCAAGUCAGCCGAGAGCCCGAGGCCGUUUGGAUCAGAGUGGAAGAGGGAGUUCCUCUUUGAUCCAGAGUGGCACAACUUGAACCACGGAUCGUUUGGCACAUAUCCUAAACAUGUCCGCGAUAGACUUCGUGCGUACCAGGACCAGGCAGAAGCUCGUCCGGAUCCUUUCAUUUUCUCCGAGCAGCCUAAACUCAUCGAUGCUGCCCGUGAAGAGCUUGCCAGACUAGUUCAUGCCCCCCUCGACACGGUUGUCUUCGUGGGCAAUGCCACAGACGGCGUAAACACCGUCCUUCGUAACUUUACCUGGGCCGAGGACGGAAAGGACGUCAUACUCAGCUUUUCUACCAUAUACGAAGCAUGUGGCAAGGCGGCCGACUACCUGGCCGAGUACUUUGAGGGAAAGCUCGAGCAUCGGGAUAUUGCCAUUGCAUAUCCGCUCGAGGAUGAAGAGAUUAUCGGCGCUUUCCGUAGGACAGUCAAAAAGAUUCAAGAUGAGGGCAAACGCCCCAAAGUCUGCAUCUUUGACGUGGUGUCGUCCCGGCCUGGUGUCGUCUUCCCUUGGAUGGACAUGGUCAAGGCGUGCAGGGAGCUCGGCAUCAUCAGCCUCGUUGACGGAGCCCAGGGCAUCGGCAUGGUGCAUCUAGACCUCACGGCCGCCGACCCCGACUUCUUUGUCUCCAACUGCCACAAGUGGCUGCACGUCCCUCGAGGCUGCGCCGUCUUCUACGCGCCCGUCAGGAACCAGCAUCUUCUGCGGACAACGCUCGCCACCAGCCACGGCUUCAUCCCGAAGCUGGUGCAGCGCACCACACCCAUGCCGCCGAGCGCAAAAAGCGCCUACGUCAACAACUUUGAGUUUGUAGGCACCAAGGACAACGGGCCGUACAUGUGUGUCAAGGACGCCAUUGAAUGGCGCCGAGGUGUCUGUGGCGGCGAGGACAAGAUCAUAUCGUACCUCUGGAACUUGAAUAAGAAGGGCAUCAAGCUCGUGGCUGAUGCGCUGGGCACCACGUACCUCGACAAUAGCAAGGGAACCAUGACAAACUGCGCCAUGGGCAAUGUCUCGUUGCCGAUAUGGGUGGGUGAGAGAGGCGAGGGGGCCAAGGAGACGGAUAUCGUCGUCCCCGAGGAGGACAAGGACAAGGUGUUCCGGUGGACCACGGAAACGCUGGUGAGGGACUACAGGACGUUUAUGUUGCGGUUUAUCAUGGGAAAUCGGUACUGGAUCCGUCUUAGUGCGCAGAUCUACUUGGAUCUGGUGGAUUACGAGUUUGCCGCCAAGGUUCUGAAGGAGCUUUGCCAGAGGAUUGGCAAGAAGGAGUACCUGAAGUGA